GGUGACGUCACCCGGGGGGGUCCAUUAAGAAAAAAAAAGAGUUGCGUGGGAGGCGGAGGGGGGGGGGAGAGAAAGGGAAGGAAAGUUUUCUGCGGGACGGAAGAAAGUUUGCAAGAAAGUUGCGCGCGGCCCGGGAGGCGAUCGAGCUGGGGCGCAAGGAAGAUCGACCCCACAAGCUGCCAGAUCCUGGGAUCAGCCCCCCACGUGAUGUCUGGCCCCACCUGGCUUCCCCCGAAACAGGUGGGGAUCCCGGGACAGGCUGGGGUCACAGUUUCUGCUCCGGCCGCCUUCAAGCCCCAGAAGAGUUUUGCUUCUUCUCCCGGUGCCCCCCAACCCACCUAUGGUUCUCGGGAGGCCAACGGGACGAUGAGCGUGCCAACGCAGUACCUACCCCCCGUGCCAGGCCCUCUGCCCCAUGUUCACGACCCCACGGGUGACCAUCAUUAUUCUUCCGCAGGCGAGAGAGGAUCUGGAGGUUCCUGGGGCAGCGCUUCUCCUCCUGGGUACCCCUUGCAGGGGGCGCCUCUUGAGCAAGGUCCUCCCCGCCCCUCCAGCAUCGACAUCCAGAUAGACUCCCUCACCAGCAUGCUGGCCGAUUUGGAGAGCGCCCGGCAGCGCCGCGGCGAAAGGCAGAAUUUGGAGCCCGCUCCCUUCUCCCACAGCCUCCCUCAGGCUGGCAUCGCCAAGCCCGCCUCUGCCUACAAACCGGGCCCUUCCGGAACCUUCUCCGCCCCCGCCAAGCCUCCGGGGUUUGACGCCUAUGCCAAGAGCGCCGCUUACGGCGGGCAGCCGGCCCCUGCCCCGUACGUCGGUGCCACCGUCUCCGGGGACCCCUACACCGCUGGCUACCACCGGCCGGGCGUGGCCGCCAAACCGUACCCUCAGCCCAUGCCCGCCUCGUACGCCACGGCUUCCUCGUCCGCCGGCCCGCCCUUCAACGUCCAGGUCAAGGUGGCGCAGCCGGUCACCGGGUACAACCAGCCCCAGCGCCGGGCGGAGCAGGCGUACGGCCCACCGUCCCCCCGGCUGGGCUACCGGGCGAAACCGCCCCCUCAGUACGCCUCAGAGGUGGGCGGCCGGCCCCGGGGCCAUGACGCCGAGCCCUGGUACCCGGAGCCGCCGUCGUACGGCCGGCGGAUGGCCGAAGGAGAGUUCUACCCGGGCCCUGGCAAGGUCGGAGCGCCAGUGGGGCAGUACCACCCCGGGUUGGCGAAACCGGGCAAGGAGGAGAUGGCGGUGGCUUCGCAGAUGCCAGCAGCGGGUGGAGGACUGAGGUUUCAGCACCAGGUUCCCCCCAGCCGUCCGGAAGAGGAGCUGGACCGGCUGACGAAGAAGCUGGUGUAUGACAUGAACAACCCUCCGUCGGGCGAGUAUUUCGGCCGCUGCGCCCGCUGCGGGGAGAACGUGGUUGGCGACGGGACGGGCUGCGUGGCCAUGGACCAGGUCUUCCAUGUGGAGUGUUUCACCUGCGCCACCUGCCGAUGCCGCCUGCGUGGGCAGCCGUUCUACGCCAUCGACCGGCGCUCCUUCUGCGAAUCCUGCUACAUCGUAACCCUGGAAAAAUGUUCUAUGUGCUCCAAACCCAUCAUGGACCGGAUCCUGCGCGCGAUGGGGAAAGCUUACCACCCCCAGUGCUUCACCUGCGUGGUUUGCCAUCGCUGCCUUGAUGGCGUCCCGUUCACGGUCGAUGCCACCAGCCAAAUUCACUGCAUCGAAGACUUCCACCGGAAGUUUGCCCCCCGGUGCUCAGUUUGUGGUAAUGCCAUCAUGCCAGAGCCGGGAAAGGAGGAGACCGUGCGAAUUGUCGCCCUGGACCGCAGUUUUCACAUAGGCUGCUACAAAUGCGAGGAGUGUGGGCUGCUCCUCUCCUCCGAGGGCGAAGGCCGAGGCUGCUACCCGCUGGACGGCCACAUCCUUUGCAAGAGCUGCAGUGCUCGGCGGAUCCAGGAGCUCUCCUCCAAGAUCACCACGGACUGCUGAUGGCUUCUGCCUCCCCCCCCCCGUCUCCUUGUUGGUUUUCUCUAUGGGUUUCCGCCUCCUCAACCGCUCACAUUUUGCACCCCACUUCCUGCUGCCUUUAUCACGGAGUUGCAGGUGGUUGCGAUAGACAACCCGUUGGGGCCUUUCCAACCCUUCUGUUCUAGGAAUUUCUUGACGUUCAUUUCAGCCCUCUUUUCCUUUGGCCAUAUAAACGCUGCUGUGUGUCUUGGGGGCAGCAGCAGUGCAUCUCAAGCCCCUAACUCUCCCUAACUUUUUCUCCUGCUGCCCCACUUUUCUGUCCUGCCCUGGCUGCCUCCCUCCCUCCUUCCCCCCCUACCCCCAACCCAAUUCUCCUCUGCGGGUUGGCGGCUUCAAACAUCAACCCUGCAUUUCUCAAAGCGGAAGCGGAUUGUGUCUGUCUUCGCUCUGUAUAUAACUGUCUUCGCUCUGCAUAUCUCUGUCUUCUCUCUGCACGCCUCUGUCUUCUCUCCACCACCAGCCCCACCAUUUCCCUGCCUUGAGGGCUCCCCCAAACCUAUAAGCUGGUCUUAGCUAUGUGCCAUCUCCCCUCUCCCCCCCCCGGUCAGUUACAGCAGCCUUAACCAAGCAGGUGCCGUCCAAAUGCUUUGGCCUACAACUCCCAUCAGCCUCCAGUCAGCUGUGCUGGCUGGGGGUUGGUUGGAUUGGAAUCCAGAACACUGGAGGGCAGUAGCAGCAGCUUAGAAGAGGGUGAAUUUUACUAAAAUACCCUUCCUUGCUCCUCCACCAUUGCCACUAACUGAGGGAAAUGGGAUAUCAACAUCUGGGUCUAUAUCCUUAGCUCUUGGUUUUAUUUGUUUUAUUUUUUUAAAUAAUUCCUCAAGUUCCUUCUCUGUGUGUGAGUGUUUUUUUAAAGGAUGGGUAUUUUUUAAAAAUACAUUAAACUCCCCACCCCACAAGCGUCUUCCCCCAGGGCGUGGGGCAUUGCGUUCAUGUGCAUUAUGUGUCAGAAUUUAAUUAAAGAUGUGUCAAACUUCA